CCACGGACACAAGACCGGAACAUGCAGGAUGUCAUGAAUCCACACUGUUCCAACAACCGCGUCGCUACAAGUCGCUCCAGAAAAUAGCCAAAGAUCUUAGCCUGGACGCCAGUGUAUUUUCCAGAACAGCCCCUUUCGACAGCAAUGCUCUUGCAGUGACUAACCGCAAGCUUCUGCAGCGUGAACAAGGCUGAAGGUUCACGGGACAAACAUCAAUCGGAAUCGGAAACCGUUCCAUCAGGUCGCACGGAAAAAACUCUCCCUACACAUUGCGGAUCUUGCUUUUUCUUGAAGGGCACUCGACCCCUGCCACACAAGCUGUCCUUGUGACGCCGCAAACAGAAGAGAUCGCGUGGAAAUGUGAAAACCAGAAAGCCAAAAGACGAUAGCCGCGAAACGACACAACGCUGGUGAAAUCGAAGCAUCUAUGGAGUCUUGAGUCGCCCGCCGUGCACGAGUAGCUCGGAAACGUCUUCUGGGCGGUGCGAGGGGGUUGUUUCGCCUUUCGUUCUUCUCUGUUUACUGCUGAGGCGUUUUCCAGCUGUUUCUCCACAUGUUUCAAGAGAACGGACCCAAUUUUUCGAGGCCAUUCUCGGCGCCCUUUGCCGCUACACCCCCCUUCUUUUCCUAGGAUCUAGCGCGAAAAGCGCAGCUGCCGGCAACUUCAGCAGAGGGGCGGCACAGACAUGGGCUAGGCUGCCUGUCCCCUUUUCUCAGCCAGUCGUGGAAAGAGACGAACCGGCAGGUUGCGAAGACAAAGAGCCAACUUUCUGCGGGACAUCUUCUUUUCGAACGGCGGAACGCUUCCGUCGUCGUCCAGUGUGUGACUCUUUCUGCGCACACGGUUUCGACCUUGACACAGCUGAACUGGAACCUGCGCUGUCUUCCGCUUUUUUUUCCUUCACACCCGAGUUUUGACCUUCCACAAAACUCAUCGCAACGCUCUCUGGCGCAUGCGCAGACCAGCAAGGAUUACGGUCUUUGCUUUUUUUCUCGCGGAUCGGUCGUGAAUCCGCGAGUGCCGUGUCACCAAAAAGCGCUGGAGCGGAGGCCUGGAGGGCGGCCGGGACCUCGCGUUACGCCCAAAGUUUUUUGUGACCGAGUUGUGAAGCAAUAUCUGUCUUCUCACAUUUUCGAACUCGCUUUUUUCGACCUGACCCUCUUCGGUCGCAGACAGCGCGUUUCGCAGCGAAUCCGGUUGUCCAGAGUCUCAAGCGGCAGCUAGCCACAUGCCAGGGGAACAGGAGGGAAACGCCGGCAGAAAGCUGGCGUCCACGAAGACACAGCUUUUCUAGGGGACUGAAAAAGAUAUCAACGCAGCGAGACAGCGAAGGCGAUCUGAACAGAGACGGAAUGACACGAGACUGUCGCUCCCGUCGCCAGGCGCUGCCGACUGUUCGCUUGGUCCUCGCUUCCCUUCUCACGAGGCAGAAGCAAGAUCAUCGACAGAUCCUCUUCGGUUACUCCUCGCUUCUACCUUCCUUGUCUGCGCCCUUCCCUUCUUCAGCGAGUCGUUUUCUAUCUCGCAGGCACCCACCACUGCUCUUCCUCGUGGCUUCGUAGACUCCGUGGUCCUCCAUAUAUAUAUAUAUAUAUAUGUACUUCUGUCCUACAUAUAUAUAUAUAUAUAUAUAUAUAUGUAUGUACAUCUGUGUCUCUCCCUCUUUGUUUAUGUUAGUGUGUGCAUCUCUGUAUCUCUUGGUUGUCUUGGUUCUGCCGCCUUGUUUCUCGCGUUUCUUUGUUUCCUGCGAGGGCCUCUGCCCCGCUCCUCUGGCUUCGGGGGUGCUUGUCUCCAAUGGGUCACCAGGUGCCUCCCUCGAUUUCAUCUUUUGUUGGACCGCCGAUCGUCUUCUCUGCUCCGUUUCCUCCUCUUCUUCGAUCUCUUCUUUCUUUUCCGACCGCUCAUCUCAAACAGGAAACCUCUGUCUCAGGAGCUUCUUGCUUCCGCGCCUGUUGGUGUCAGCAGUUCUCUUCUCCCCUCGCUUCUCGAACUCAGCGUCUCUUCUCUCUCUCACUUCCUUCUCCACCAUGGCUUUAACGGCUGUCUCUUCCGCCUCUUCUCGCUCUCCCCCGUCUUCUCCCAGCGCCAAUCCUCAUGCCUCUCCCGCUCUUGUUGCAUCUGCCUUGCCCUCUUCGCGGGGAACCACCCACAGAGUGUCUCCUCCGAUCCCGACCGCGCCCAGUCCUCCUCUCUCUCGCCCCGUCUACUUGCCGCCUCAGUACCUCGUGCAAAACGCGCCACAGACCUGUCAUGCAGUUCCCGUUCCUCCGGUGCAUGCAGUUCCCGUUCCUCCAGUGCAUGCAGUUCCCGUUCCUCCAGCGCAUGCAGUUCCAGUUCCUCCGGUGGACUCGCCGUCGAAUGGAGAAGCGAGAGAAGGCCAAGAACUCCACGGCUGUCUGUGCUGUCUGCGUUCCUUCUCGCCGACGCUUUUCGUGUCUGCCGUCUUGGGGACUUGGAUGUUUGCUGGCGGCUUCGGCGGAGAAAUUGUUCUCGCCCUCGCGACCCUCCCGGCGAUCUUCAUUGUCUACGGACUGCAUUCAUCGGUGAAGGCUCGGAGUUUGUCGGGAGUAUCACUCCUGGAGUUUUUCUGGCUUGGGGCGUUUGUCUCGGUUUUUGUCGCCAUGUGUUUGGAGCUGUUGGCGAACGCGACCCUGUACAAUGCCCUUCUUUCUUGUCUUCCGCCGCUUCCCUCGCCUUCUCGCGCUUCUCAGUGGGCGUUGAAUGACCUGCGAUCUCUCGCCUCAGGCUCUGCUGAUAUCUCCAUUGCGCCUUCAUCCGACUCUCCGCUCUUCCACCCUCCGCCUGCAGAUCCUCUCUCUCCGUCUGCGCCUUCGUCCUCUUUGUUUCUCUCGCUCUUGCAGUUCCUGCCCUCCUGGACCUUCGCCCCGCUUCUUGCGCCUCUGUCUCUCCCUUUUUACUUUCCUCUGUUCGAAUCCAAGGCGGCGCCAGGGUGCCUCCGACACCCUUCGCUUCAGAGCGACUCCUCAGCAGCCCUGCACUCUUCUUCUUCCUCUUCUGUUUUGUCUGCUUCUGCCUUUUCUGCUUCGUCGCUCUUCUCUGCUUCUCCUUUGUCUGCGUUCUCUUUCUUGCCGGACCACAGUGGCGAGCGGUGGCAGAGGUUGUUGUCGACGCUCAACGGAAGGCAUGCGCAUGGAGCUCUUCCCACUCUGGGGUGUUCCCUGAGCCUCGUUGCAUUCAUGAUUUUCUGUGUCGGCUUCGUGGAGGAGUUCGCCAAGCUCGUCGUGCUGCAGCGACUGCAGGUGUUGCCAGUUCCUCUCCCUCUCGCCUGGGGAGGCGCCGAAGAGGCCUCGUCCGAGAGACGCAACGCCUUGGAACAGAGAACUCUGGGUGGCUGCUGUAGGCCUUUCUGGACGAGAUACGUCAAGCAUCCUGUCGGCGUCUGUCUCGCCGGGUGUGCCGCUGGCGCAGGAUUCGCCGUGGCGGAGAAUCUCAGCUACACGCUGGGCCGCAGAGGUAUCUUCGCAGAGCACCUGAUCGUCGCCAUCGUUCGGACCUUCACAGCUGUUCCGUCUCACAUCGCAAACACGGGGAUGGCGGCGGCGAACUUGGCGCUUGCUUGGCACGCAGCAUGCGCGCUUCCGGCGGCUUCUCCGUUUUUUUCUUCACAUCUCGAGGCUCACCAGCAGCCGCUGAUUCCUGGUUCUUCGCGCGCUUCAGGCCAUGCGCUCCCGUCCUUUUGGCGGUGCCUUCUGCCCUCUCUCCUCGUCCCUUCGCUUCUCCAUGGAACGUAUGACGCAGCUUUGCGUCUCUCUGCAGCCUACGCACAGCCCGGCCCCGCAGUUGACGACAACGCCGCGGUAGUCGCAGCAGUUUUCCUCCUCGUCUCCUUCCUCGCCUGGCUUCUCACGCUGCUGCUUUUUUGGCAGAAAUGGCGAAGGGUGUGCGACCUCCCAGCCUUCGGAGGGAGUUGCGCCGCCGCCUUCGGGCCAACUGCCCCAGAGCUGCGCCGCGUCCACCCGCAGGCCUCCGGCUGGGACUCGCGCGCGCAAUGGGUCUCCCCACAGGCGGCGCAGGCGCCGGAGACUGGAGGCGACGACCUGCUGGCGGGCUCCGCAGCACAGAGCGCUCCCCUCUUCUGCUCUCCGAGCCCACAGCGUUUCGCGCCCUACGCGGUCGCGCCGGCCUUUCCCUUCGCGACCCUGGCGGCGGGCACGGGCGAGACAGGCGUCAGGGCAGAUGUGCUCGUAUGGGAAGAGCGGCGACGCGAGGCGAACAGGCGAAUUCAACAGCAUGCAAACAGCCUGCAUGCGACCGCGCCGGCUCAGUUCUCGCCGGCUCCAGCUGCGGUGCCGAGAGCCGAGAAGCCCACAGGUGAGUGGGCGAGCCUAGCCCAGAGGUGAAGGCGCGCAGUAGUCAGCGACUGCGAAGAAAAAAACUCGCGUUCGGAAAGGAGGCGUGGAAAGGACGGAGACAUGCAGAGCAGUGGAGAGGACGAAGCGUGUGGCGAGAAACGCGAGAAAAAGGAGGGAUAUAGAUGCAGGAGACAAGGGCAUGCACGGGGAGGGGAGCUAGAGUAGUGGGGCGAACAGUCACGGAUCCUUAAGGAGACAUUCGCAGGCAAGUCGAACGCAGCAGGAUGUGGAAAGAAAGUUGGCCUCCCCAGUCCACCUGAGGCAGACCCUUGAGAUCCAGAGCUCGUGCUCUGUUCGGAGAUCUCUCUGCUGUGGUUAAAUGUCUCUUUUUUUCCCGACUGUUUGUGCGGUGCGCGUUUUUGCGGCGCCCAGGUGGUGUGUUUGGAGUUCCAUUUUCUCGGCAUGGGGGUUCCAUGCAUGCAUCGAUGUGUGAGGCGCCUUUUCUUUAGCUGACAGACAACGAGGUCUGUCGACAGAUGUAUACAGCAGUGGCUGUAUCACGCUCUCGCCGUGUCUUUUAAAAAAUUUUCUUUCUCCCGGACAACACUGAAAAACAACUCGUGGUGUCGCAGCCUCCGAAGCAAAUGAGACGCCUUUCGGCGAGAGGCCUUUGACUGGGGACCUUCUUCUCCCUUCUCCUCUCGCUCCCUACAUGGCUCGACCCAAACCAAAGUCGCGGCAGACAGCCCCUGCAUGCACUGGUGGAACGACACCCCGUCGGGACAUGAACGCGCGAGUCACCUGUUUACAGCCUUCUUCAGUCUACGAGAAUACAUCUAGAAAUAUUUAUAUUUACAUAUAUAUAUAUAUAUAUAAAGAUAUAUAUAUUUAUAUAUAAGUGUAUAUAGUCGCAUGUACAUAUGUGCACUGAUGGCGAAUAUCUGCAGUGGGAGGCACGCAGACGUCUGUAAGGAGAUAGCGCAGGUUCUCUCCUGCGAGCAUGCGCGUCACCUGUGAGCAAAAGAUUUGCCGCGGCAAGCCGAGGCUUUCGGAGGCGCAGCGAUUCCUCAGAACUCGCUCUCGCACCGCCGACUGCACUGCAUUCAGAGUUAGCGCCUCCUGCGCUGGAUCAGCAGGCGAAAGAUUUUGUGCCUUCGGCCCACACAAGAAAUCUGAAGCUUAUGUCCUUCCUUCACUCCUCCCUCCGAACGUAUUACACCACCGCAGACACGCAUCUGGUACAUUAAUAAACAAGAAUCUAUGCAAUCAAGUU